GCGGGCUGUGAGUGACUAGAAGACCCAUCGUAUAGGUAGGUAUAUCAAGGCUGAUCAGGGCUAAUGCGGGAGGGGGAGGGGAGUGGGAGGAACCGUCUAUAAAACUACCGGGCUUGCGCUCCCGAGAGGACAGUGCUGAUAUUUCCCCAGAAGAUCUGUGAGGCCUUAUAAACUCUUGGGCUGAACAAUCCAUCACACGGCUUAGUAUCUAGCAUCUCGAGAGUGACGACCCUCGAUUAGGAGAGACGAGGUCGACCAGAGAAACAGCUGCGUAGUUGCACGACAAACAACAGAGUCGAGACUUGGAGCAACCAUCCAAAUGGAAGCGGCAAACGCAAAUAAGAGAGGGGAGGUUAUCAUCCCAACCCCGGCAUGGUUCAUAGCGCUUCGAGUCUUCCAAAUCGUCUUAGCCCUCAUCGCAGUCGCCUUGACAGGUUGGUGGAUCCACGGAUUAUACUAUGACGAGCUCGGCUUUGUUAUCGUCUGCGGUAUAUUCACUUGGAUCAUCGCCGUGUACGCCCUCUUGGCCGAGAAGGUGUCGUCUUGCCGGCGCGCUUACAAUACGUGGGCGAUCCUCACGCUCGACGGGCUUAUGAUCAUAUUUUGGCUAGCAGCCAUGGGUGCCACCGCGAAUAGGCGGAGCAAGUUCACCGUGCCCGUUACUGCUAGCUGCGUCAGCGACGGUAGUACGAUUAACAGCGGCUAUUGUACGGUAUGGAAGCGCGCUGGUGUGGCCACGGAAGGGGCUCUGGACAUUCUAAGCGGAAUAGCUGGCGUCUGCGCCCUCGUAAUGCUAUUAUUCGUCCCCACGUUCGCUUAUGUAUGCCACUAUUUCCGUCUCUCGUUUGCCGGUGCUUCGACCGACGACCCUGAGAAAGCCUCUGCUGCAGGCACUACCGCCGGAAUAAACCACACCGGCGUCGGCGUCCCGGGUGCUACAGAGCUGCAAACAGGAAUCCCACCGCAGAACUAUGCGGCGAACCAGUCACAACCGCUCUUGCAUCAGCAACCUAAUCAGCAAUGGACCCAGCAGACGGCAUACCCUCCCCAGGCCGGCCAACCGCAGUAUCAGCAGGGCCAGGCAUAUGAUCCCUACGCAUCGCAGAACGUCGGAUAUACUGGUACGACAGGCCUAUACCCUCAGCAAACUGGUCAGCCUGCGCAGCCAUAUAGCCCCCAGGGCACCCCCGCCCCUUAUAACAUGCAAGGCACGCCGACUCCGGGGCAGCCGUACCAAGUACCCUACCAGUCAAAUACGUAAUAGUUGAUGCCAACAAAACGCUUGCUUUUUAAUGGGUGGGUUUUAUAAGCGAUACGGUGUUAUGGCUUUGGUUUCUUAUGGUGCGUACGGGAAUAUUUGGAUAGUACGUAUCUAGCAUAUGCAUGAGCAUGAUCGAUCUGGCAUAGAUUUAGUUUCUAAGGACGGGGUUUUAGCCUCAGAAAAUAUUGCACAUA